GACAAUAAAAGUAGUGCAUAUGUACUUCAUUCCAAGUGAUCAAAUAAAGGAGAGCGAUAGAGAUUAGAGAGAGAGCAUUUUCUUAUACAAAUUUGAGAUCAGAAAUGGCUGAGCUACAGGCCGUUGCUUCACAUCCAUCUGUUCUAAGUUCAAAAUCAGAAAUUCAAGCAGUGAUGAAGAGUGAUAAUGGAGGAGUAAAAUCCAAGAAAUUGAAUAAGGUGGUUCUAGCUUAUAGUGGUGGCUUAGAUACUUCUGUCAUUGUUCCAUGGCUGAGGGAGAACUAUGGCUGUGAAGUUGUUUGUUUCACUGCAGAUGUUGGCCAAGGUAUCCAGGAAUUGGAAGGUCUAGAAGAAAAAGCUAAAGCAAGUGGAGCUUGUCAGUUGGUGGUGAAGGAUUUAACUGAGGAAUUUGUGAAAGAUUAUGUAUUUCCUUGUAUUCGAGCUGGUGCUAUCUAUGAAAGGAAGUAUUUGUUGGGUACAUCUAUGGCUCGGCCUGUUAUUGCUAAGGCCAUGGUUGAUGUUGCUAGAGAAGUUGGAGCUGAUGCUUUAUCUCAUGGAUGUACAGGCAAAGGAAAUGAUCAGGUCCGAUUUGAGCUUGCUUUUUUUGCUUUGAAUCCGGAUCUUCAUGUUGUUGUUCCUUGGAGGGAAUGGGAUAUCCAAGGAAGAGAAGAUGCCAUUGAAUAUGCCAAGAAGCAUAAUGUGCCUGUUCCUGUUACCAAAAAAUCUAUUUACAGCAGGGAUAGGAACCUCUGGCAUCUAAGUCAUGAGGGUGACAUACUAGAGGACCCUGCAUGUGAGCCAAAGAAAGACAUGUACAUGAUGUCAGUUGAGCCAGAAGAUGCACCAAAUGAACCAGAAUACGUGGAAAUCGGCAUAGUCUCGGGUCUUCCAGUUUCCGUUAACGGUAAAGUGCUCUCUCCAGCAUCUCUUCUGUCCAACUUAAAUGAAAUAGGCGGACGUCACGGAGUAGGCCGUGUAGACAUGGUUGAGAAUCGUCUCGUGGGUAUGAAAAGCCGAGGCGUUUACGAAACUCCGGGAGGAACCAUCCUCUUCGCUGCUGUUAGAGAACUCGAAUCUCUAACGCUUGAUCGCGAAACAAUUCAGGUGAAAGACACUCUUGCACUGAAAUACGCAGAGCUGGUGUAUGCUGGUAGGUGGUUUGAUCCUCUACGUGAAUCCAUGGAUGCAUUCAUGGAGAAGAUAACCGCAACUACGACAGGAUCUGUCACUCUCAAAUUGUAUAAAGGAUCUGUAUCCGUUACUGGUCGGACAAGUCCUUACAGUCUCUACAGCCAAGACAUUGCUUCGUUUGAGAAUGGGAGUAUAUACAAUCAGGCCGACGCUGCCGGAUUCAUCCGCCUUUAUGGCCUGCCGACGAGAGUCAGAGCUAUGCAGAAGUAGGAUUUUGAUUUCGAUAUGAAAUUCUAUCGCAUGUCAAGUUAAUGUUGUUUGAAAUCGUUAAGACAACCGCAAAUUUCAAAGUUUGUAAUUUCAUCCCGCAAUUUAACCCUUUGACCAUUUAUUAAUAAGAUAUCAUCUAUUAUAAUGUUU